AUGCCGUCUUUGGAACACGAGCCGGUGAGCUUCAAUAGGCUGGGGCACGUUCCUUUUGGUGCUCUGCAGGGCUACGCCCCGGGUGGCAUCCCGGCGUACAGCAACAAGCAUGAUCACUAUUUCUCCGGCGAGCGUAGCAUUGAGGGGAACUUCUUCUGCGGGUUUAAGUACCAGUGCGUCGAGUUCGCACGCCGCUGGCUGCUGGUGCGCAAGGGGCUGGUGUUGCCGAAUGUGAAUUGGGCCUGCCACAUUUUUCAGCUGAAGGAGGUCCGGGACGCCGCCACGGCGGAGGGCUUCGCGGUAUUGAAAGUGUGCAACGGCACCGAGAGGAAGCCGGAGGCCGACACACUUCUCAUUUACUCCUCCACCGAUGCAUGCCCGGUUGGUCACGUCAGCGUUAUCACCGAGGUGGGCGAUGACUACGUGUGCGUUGCGGAUCAGAACUACCGCUUCCACAAGUGGGAGUCCUCCUACGCGUACAGGCUGAAGCUUGAGCACAAGGACGGUAUCUGGACCAUCAUCGAUGAUAUUAACGUGGACGACAUCGAGAUUCCACUUGGAUGGGUGACAUUUCCUGGUCGUGAGAACCGGGCUGAAGGGGCGCCGCCGGUGGCAUUGCAUCAGUCAUUGUACUUCAGUGAACCACCGAAGCCGUACCUGCUGCGUCGCAGCUUUGUGGUGGAGGAGGCGAAGCCGAAUUGGCUUGACCUGAACGACCCUGCGGAGCGACUAUUCGUGGAAGAGUUCGGCAUGGACGUCAGCCGCUCCCGCCUGGAGGAGAUGGUUGCCAGCUACUACGAGUCGAAUCAUGAGUUCCACCUGCGGUGCAUCGCCUACGGCACCCAGCUGCACGCCAUCUUCAUGGAGGCAACAGCGCAGGUGAUUGAGAGCGAUGAGAAGCUCCGGCUUUUCUGCAUUCCUGAGGACUUCUGGCCCCGCAUUCGCCACUCCUGGAAGAUCCAGCAGACGUACAUCUCUGGUCGCUUCGACUUUGCCUUCAACAACGAGACAUGCGAGAUCAAGUGUUUCGAGUACAACGCUGACAGCGCGUCGACGCUGCUGGAAUGCGGCCGCAUUCAGCAAAAGUGGGCCGAGUCGGUGGGGCUGAACAAGGAGGGCACCCGCAGCUCCGGCUUCGCAGUGGAGCGCAACCUCAAGAUGGCGUGGGCCUCCAGCGGGGCGACUGGCCGCGUUCACUUCUGCGUUGAUAAGGAAGGGGAGGAGCAGUACACCGCCCUCUACUGCCUGCAGGCCGCUGAGGCGGUCGGGCUAGAGUGUAGGCUGUGCAUCAUGUUUGAUGAGUUUCACUUUGAUGAGGAUGGCCACAUUGUCGAUAGCGACGGCGUGCGCGUGCGCAAUGUGUGGAAGACAUGGAUGUGGGAGUCGGCCAUCACGGACUAUUAUGCCGCCCGGGAGGAACGCGGCGAGGGCUGGAAGCCGUCCCCGAAGGACAAGGUGCGCCUGUGCGACUUGCUCCUCGGCGAUGACUGGGACAUCCUCUAUUUCGAGCCGAUGUGGAAGGUCAUUCCGAGCAACAAGGCCAUCCUGCCCAUGAUCUACCACAAUCACCCUCAGCACCCCGCCAUCUUGAAGGCGGAGUACGAAUUAUCUGACGAGCUGCGCAAGUGCGGGUAUGCCAAGAAGCCGAUUGUCGGCCGCAUUGGUAGCAACGUGACCAUCACUUCCGGCGACGGCGAGGUGCACGCUGAGUCGGGUGGCAACUAUGGCAAGCGCAACAUGGUCUACCAGCAGCUAUUUCCACUGACGAAGCAGGACGACUACUACGCCAUCAUUGGAGCCUGGAUGAUCGGCGACACCUUCAGCGGUACCGGCAUCCGCGAGGACAAGUCCAUCAUCACCGGCGUGGAGAGCCCCUUUGCUGCUAUUCGCAUCAAGGCAGACAGCCUCCCGGCGCCUGUGAUACCCAAGGAUGUCGACAAGAUGGCCGAGGACGAGUAA